AUGCCGGACGAGCUGACAGAGCCCGGGCGUGCCACGCCGGCCCGCGCGUCCUCUUUCCUCAUCGAGAACCUGCUGGCGGCCGAGGCCAAGGGCGCCAGGCGCGCGGCCCAGGGCGGCGGCGGCCGCGAGGACGAGGAGGACGACGACGACGACCCGGAGGACGAGGACGCGGAGCAGGCGCGGCGGCGGAGGCUGCAGCGGCGAAGACAGCUGCGCGCGGGCUCGGGGCCCGGCGGGGAGGCGCGGGCGCGGGCUCUGCUCGGGCCUGGCUCGCUGGGCCUGGGUCCGCGGCCGCCCCCCGGCCCCGGGCCGCCCUACGCUCUGGGCUGCGGCCGCGCAACGCGCUGGUACCCGCGGGCGCACGGCGGCUACGGAGGCGGCCUCAGUCCCGACACCAGUGACCGGGACUCACCGGAGACCGGCGAGGACAUGGGCCGCGCCGAGGGCGCCUGGCAGCGGGGCCCCGGGCCUGGAGCGGUGGUGCGGGAGGCCGCGGAGCUGGCGGCGCGGGGCCCGGCCGCCAGCGCGGAGGAGGCGGCGGAGCUGGCGGAGGCUCCAGCAGCGGCGGCGGAGGCACGCGGCGGCGUGGCGGUCGGCGGCGGGCGAAAGAAGAAGACGCGCACGGUCUUCUCGCGCAGCCAGGUCUUCCAGCUGGAGUCCACCUUCGACCUGAAGCGCUACCUGAGCAGCGCCGAGCGCGCCGGCUUGGCGGCCUCCCUGCAGCUCACCGAGACGCAGGUCAAGAUCUGGUUCCAGAACCGCCGCAACAAGUGGAAGCGGCAGCUGGCGGCGGAGCUGGAGGCGGCCAGCCUGUCCCCGCCGGGCGCGCAGCGCCUGGUGCGCGUGCCGGUGCUCUACCACGAAAGCCCCCCGGCCGCGGCCGCCGGGCCCCCCGCCGCGCUUCCCUUCCCGCUGGCGCCGGCCGCGCCCGCGCCGCCCCCGCCGCUGCUCGGCUUCUCCGGGGCCCUGGCCUACCCGCUGGCCGCCUUCCCGGCUGCCGCCUCCGUGCCCUUUCUGCGGGCGCAGAUGCCCGGCCUGGUGUGA